CUAAUCUAUUUAAAAUGUUUGCCAAAUGUUUUUUAAUGCAAACAUUUUUGUCACUCAAUGGUUACGCCUUUGUGGUACCUGCCUGAGUGACGUUUAUCGUGGAGUGCUUCUGUUAACAUACACGUGAAAACUAACAUUUCUCUACGUUUUGAGACGCAAAGAGCCAGAAUUUAAAGAGCUGUGUAAUGACUAUGUCUACCAGUGCAAAGCUGUGUCUGCGAUGGAGAGGACUUCUAUUCUCUAAGACCAGCACACGACUGCAAUGCUUUCAAGUUCAGCGUUGUAAUAGUGCAGCAAGCUCAGCAUCAAUCAGCAGUGGAUUAUUCCUUAAUCAUAAUCUCACAACAACUCAUACAAGAAUUAAGAUAAAACAUCAGAAAUGCUGUUAUAAUAACUUGACAUCAAAGCAUUUGACAACAGAGGCAAAGGAAGACAAAUAUAAAGACUUGUCAAGAACUGAUGUUAUUGAAUACAAGCCUGCCCUGUCGCCAAGAACAGAUGCUUUUUCAGUGUCUGAACAUGUGAUCUCCUUAGACUUGGAUGUGGCUGAAGAAUAUUCAGCUCUUGAGGAGAUCAGUGAUGAAGAAGCAGCUGGUAUUUCUAUACCCGCUAACAUCCCACCAGCCUCAAACUCUCUUAGAGACUAUGUUGAUAAGUCGGAGACACUGACGAAGCUGGUGCAGCUAGGGGUACAUUUGUGGAAGCUAGAACAAAGGCCUAAUGUUGGCUCCAUGCUGCUGAGACUUGACUUCAACACAGAUGUGGCACCUCGGCUGCUGUUUCUCAAGCAGAUUGGAGUGGAGAACUCGCGCUUGGGCUACAUCAUCACUCACAACCCUUUUAUUCUCACAGCAGAUUUGGAUAACCUUCAGGCCAGGGUAAAUUAUCUCAAGUCAAAGAAGUUUAGUUCAGAGACUGUUGCAUCGAUGGUGUCCAGAGCUCCAUUCCUGCUCAGCUUCAGUGUGAAGAGGCUGGACAACAGGCUGGGUUUUUACCAGCAGCAGCUCAAGCUCAGUGCUUCUAACACAAGAGACAUCGUAGCUCGUCUUCCCAGAUUGCUGUGUGGCAGCUUGGAGCCUGUUAAAGAAAAUUUAAAGGUGUGUGAAAUUGAGCUUGGAUUCAAGCAAAACGAGAUCCAGCACAUGGUGAUCGCUGUUCCCAAGGUGUUGACGGCCAAUAAAAAGAAACUAACGCAGAUAUUUGACUACCUUCACAACACCAUGAAGGUUCCACAUCACCUGAUCACAAAGUUCCCACAGGUCCUCAACACUAAGUUCUUGCGUCUCAGAGAGCGCCACCUGUUCCUUGAGUAUCUUGAAAAAGCCCAGUAUGACCCCACGCUGGCCCGCUACAUCUCCCUGGACCGAUUAGUGUCCCUGCCAGAUGAAACGUUUUGCACUGAGCUGGCUUUGGCCACUUUGGAUGACUUUUAUUUGUUCCAAAAAACUCUUUGAGUCUUCAUGAUGGGAGAUUUAAAGAGAUGUCAGCAGUAUAGUAUAAAUGGGGGAAAGGCCUGAUUUGUUUAUCUGUUAACGUUGGAACAUGCAGAGCUUGAAAUAAAUGUUUAAUGACAUAACAA